AUGACCUCAGUUGGCCAUGUUGCGUUGAGGACAGUGCCGAAGGAAGAAAGGCAUGGAAUAGGUUUGGAACGCGCGACAAAGUUGGUUGAUACCACAUUCUCGAUAUUGGGCUGCUGUGUUUUUUUCUUCGAGAGCAGCCGUGACGCAUGGCAGAUACCAUUAGGGGUUUUUGACUAUGAAGGGGAUAGAGGAAACUUUGUAUCGAGGGAACUACGGGCACAUCCGGUAGAGGGUGCGCGGGGUCUGCCGUCGACGGUUAUCUUUACCGAUGGCAAGUACAAGAAGUUUCCGCCCAUUUAUGUUGUGAGACAUGAGCUAUGUAUGAAGAGGACUUCAUCAGUGGGAAAUAAUGAGAAGCAGGAUAUCUUCAGGUUGAAAAUGUGCAGUAACAAUUAUCAAGUAAACAAUGGUGAUAAGUCGUCCCGCUCGGCCAUCGACUACAACGGACGGUGCUUGUUGAGAGCUGCGUCUUCAUUGGUAUUCGUAAGGGAUAGUACGAGGGCGGUCAAGAUUCAUAUACAGAAGCUUUCUACAAGUCAACUAAAAGAUACGAUUCAUGUCUUGCCCAAACGCACAGCAUCUUCUUCAUUUCGCAUUCACGUCUCCGACGAUGCGUCGCUCGUGGCCCGGUUUAACGCCUACGUCAUUCCCGCUCGAUAA